UCAUGUAGCGUAGGCUACAACGUAAUGCUCAUUUAAUUGCCAAUAUUUAGGAUUUUAAGGGGUAGGCUACAGAAAACAGCAGUGGGGUGUGUGUUUUAACUGCAACGUUCAGCAGUUCAUGCAUUGGAAUCUGUGUACCUUGACCUACUACUUUCUCAAACAAGGGGAAGUUAACUCUUUAUUAAACAGUGCCACGUUAUGCACGUAGCAGGUAGAAAUACAUAACUUCAAUCCUAAACUGACGGUCUCUUUGAAAGUAUGGCAUCUGCAGGCUCUGCCCUCAAGGUCCACGCAGUGCGCUUUGGGCCGGGACAGGAUUUGCUGUGCUCCCUGCUGGCAUUCGUGGAGGAGAGAAACCUCAAAGCGCCAUUCAUCAUCACCUGUGUGGGUAGCGUAACCAAGGCAACACUCCGGCUGGCAAACGCCACUGCAGGGAAUACCAAUGAGGUGAUCCAUCUUGACGAGCGCUUUGAGAUCGUGUCGCUGGUGGGCACACUGAACAAGGAAGCUCACCUCCAUAUCUGCCUGGCCGACAAGGAGGGGAAGACGGUGGGAGGACAUGUACUGGGGGACCUGGAGGUGUUCACCACGGCUGAGGUGGUCAUCGGUGAGGCCUCUGAUCUGCUGUUUGACAGACAGAUGGACCAUCGCACAGGCUUCCCUGAGCUGGUCAUCCAACCCCGCUCUGAAAAGAACUAGACGAAGGAGGAGGACUUUAUUCUCCUAUUCUCACCUCCAUAUUUAUUUGGACAGUGAAGCAUUUUUUUUCUUUUCUCUAUAAUCCAGAAUUUGGGAUUUAAGAUCAAACGUUUCCUAUGAGGCGACAGUACAAAAUGUCACCUUUUCUGUUUUACUGUUAAGAUAUGAAAGCACUUCAUGUAUCUAGUUGCCCCAUUUUAAAGAAGUCAUAAGUAUUUGGACAAAUUCACUUAUAUAGUAUUGAAGUGGUCUAAAGUUUAGUAUUUGGUCCUAUAUUCCUAGUACACAAUGAUUACAUCAAUCUGGUGACCCUACAAACUCGAUGGAUGCAGUUGGUUUUGGUUGCGUUUUUCCCAAUAGGACCUGAAUGGUGAACGAUGUUUGGAGUAGUUUUCUUUCUAAGUGAAUAGAUAAGAUGUUUCUCAACACUUCUAAAUGAAUCCUGUUAAUGCCACGAUUAAGAAAAAUCAAGAGAGAAUCAGGAAUAAUGACGAUCGAGAAGGUUAAAGAGGCUACAACAAAACAUGCUAACCUCUCACCAUUACCUAUAACAGAGGCUACAACAAAACAUGCUAACCUCUCACCAUUACCUAUAACAGAGGCUACAACAAAACAUGCUAACCUCUCACCAUUACCUAUAACAGAGGCUACAACAAAACAUGCUAACCUCUCACCAUUACCUAUAACAGAGGCUACAACAAAACAUGCUAACCUCUCACCAUUACCUAUAACAGAGGCUACAACAAACAUGCUAACCUCUCACCAUUACCUAUAACAGAGGCUACAACAAAACAUGCUAACCUCUCACCAUUACCUAUAACAGAGGCUACAACAAAACAUGCUAACCUCUCACCAUUACCAAUAGCAGGUUAGCAUAUUAAUUUAUUAAACAUCUGUAGUGCUUUUCAUAGAAUCUCAAAGUGCUAUCAUUAAUAUUAAACAUUUUAUCUCAAAUCCAAAAUGCUGGAGUAUAGAGCCCCCCCCCCAAAAAAAAAAUGCUUCACUGACUAAAUACAUAUGGAUGGGAGUGUAUGGAUGUCUAAUAGUAAUAUCUUCUCCUCUAGCAAUUUCAUUUAAAUAGAUUGUAAUGAGAUUUAAUUAAUUCUGCUUGACUACAAUGGCAGUGUAACAUUUUAUACCAGAUAUUUGGAGACAGCUUUGUCUUUGUCGUUUUCUACACUGUUAUUACGCUUUUGUAAUGUAAUAUACUACGUUCACCAAGAGUAGCCUUAAUACAGCACAUCUCCCUAAUCUAACCCACUUCUUGGUCACUUUCUUAAGCUUAGUGUUCUUAUUCUCCCCCACACAUACAGCCACCAGUGAAUAGUGGUCUUCACCAGAGCAGGCUUUGGAGAGAGCUGACAAUACCAUAAGGAUGUUUGUAGGAAAUGUCAACAGCUGACGGAACAGCCAACAAGAGAGCACUCUUCCAUUUUGUUGUCUCUUCCAGUUUCCACAUGUAAAUGUUGGGUUUGGCUCUUUUGUUCACUGGGAGGUUGUAAAAUUGAUAGGAAAACAGCCAUUUCACAAUAAUUAAAUAGACACUGCUCAAAAAAAUAAAGGGAACACUUAAACAACACGGCCUCCUCCACGUCUCCUGAUGUACUGGCCUGUCUCCUGGUAGCGCCUCCAUGCUAUGGACACUACGCUGACAGACACAGCAAACCUUCUUGCCACAGCUCGCAUUGAUGUGCCAUCCUGGAUGAGCUGCACUACCUGAGCCACUUGUGUGGGUUGUAGAUUCCGUCUCAUGUUACCACUAGAGUGAGAGCACCGCCAGCAUUCAAAAGUGACCAAAACAUCAGCCAGGAAGCAUAGGAACUGAGAAGUGGUCUGUGGUCACCACCUGCAGAAUCACUCCUGUUUUGGGGGGUGUCUUGCUAAUUGCCUAUAAUUUCCACCUUUUGUCUAUUCCAUUUGCACAACAGCAUGUGCAAUUUAUUGUCAAUCAGUUUUGCUUCCUAAGUGGACAGUUUGAUUUCACAGAAGUGUGAUUGACUUGGAGUUACAUUGUGUUGUUUAAGUGUUCCCUUUAUUUUUUUGAGCAGUGUAUAUUAUUUUCUUCCACCUUUCCUCUGCUAAUGUGAACUGACGAUCCCCAAAUACAGCCUCCAUAGAGCGACUUUAAACGGUAGCACUUUCUACGGAGCAGAUGACUAAUGAUGUAACACCGAACAGCUGUGGGAGAAACCGUUUCUAACAGAAACCCUCCCUCCCCUGAGCGUGGAGUCGUUCUGACCAAUAGGAGAAUCUCUAGGGGCCUGGGCAGUGUUCUGCUAAUAGAUGUUUAACUAAAGCAUGUCUUUUUAAUGGCUCUGACCGCCUGUUUGCUGAGACACAAUGGGAGAACUCCCCCAGGAUUAGCCGUGACAUCCACACAGCCCCAGCCGCCCGACUGAAGAAAGUAGGCUUGCGCACGGCUGUCUGAGGGGACAGAUGCAUGGUUGUAUGUGGGCGGGGAGUGGUAACAACAUUGUGAUGGAGCAGUGUUCACGUAGAUCUAUGUGCUUUAAUUAGGCCCGAUGGUUGGAGGGAGGGGGAGAGAGAGAGAGAGGUGACAUUGAAAGCAUACCUGUAUGCGUUGUAAGUGCUUACGGAGCGAGUGCUACAUUAAGUUGUUCUUCAGAUCAGAGUGUUGAUGAUGACUCAAAUAGGAGCUAGACGGUACAUAGCUAAGCCCUUCACCACAUUUCCUAAAGGAUUUGACAGCUUUUUUAGCAUAGAAAUUUGUAUCCAUUGUAUGCAUUUUUUGGGCUUUUCCCUUCCAGGCAACUGGUCGUGUGCCUGUUGUCAUUCUUAAAUGUCAAAUCGCUAGUGAAGGAGUGGGCCAUCAAGGCCCUGUGUUGAUAACAGGUCUUAUCGUAAUAGAUCCCACAACAAAGUUAAAUCAGGAAUACAACAUGGAGUUGGGCUGGGAACAAUACAGUAGAUGAUAUAGCUUUUGUCAUGGGUCUCUGCUUAUGAGUCACCGCAAAGCCUUGGUAGGCUGGAGGAGGAAGAUAGACUGAGGAUGCAUUCCAAAUGGCACCCGAUUCCCUAUAAAGUGCACUACUUUGAUCAGGGCCCCAUUAGUGUACUACUUUUGACCAGAGACUAUGUAGGGAAUAGGGUGCUAUUUGGUCCGCAUUGUGAUUCUAGAGAGACAGUUGAUUGUGUUUCGGAUUACAGUCAGCGGGCUAGAGCAGUAAAAUUUGAGUUGGAAUAAGCAAGCAGUUUAACAUACUGUAACUAACCCAUUACAUUGUACUUUUUUUUUUAAGCAGGAAACCAUGAUCAAUAUAUUGUAAAUUUAACUGCAUCACACAACUCAAAGUUUACAUGGUGCUAUUCUGAGAAAGCUGUAUUUUGUGUGUACCAUAGUUCAUAUUCCAAAUGAACUCAAAGUGUGCAGGACGGAAGAGUGCCUCAAAAGCACAGCAAUGGGUACAGCGAGCUUUUUGACAUUGACAAAGGGACACAUAGAUACACACUUACUCACAGGGCAGCACUACAGAUACAUUUUCACAGUAUGUGGACGAGAGGCUGAGCCUCUAAGUGCCCAUUGAAAUGAGCCGGAGCAUCACUUACUACUGGGCUCCCAGUGCUUUCAGCUCUGAGCGGGCAUGCUGAAGUGGCCAUGCACCCCUCUCCCCAACAAUCUCCGCUUUGGGGUGGAAUGCUAAUCCUGUCACACAAAAAUCCCAUUUUAGUUUUUCAUUUUUACAUCAGACAAGCCAUUGGUUCAUGGCUUUUUUAAUGUCCUCUCUUCAGCCAUAUUUGUAGUGUCACCACUCAUGGUUUUUUGUGUGGAUUACCCUCAACACCAGGCGAUGUUCUUGUAUGAAUUUCUUUCCUUCAAGAGGUAGCUAACUCUUUCUCUCGCUUGGUAUAAUUUUAUAGUGAUAACACAAUGUCAGUUUAAUGUGAAAUUUCACUGAACUAUGCAGAAGGCUGAUAUACAGUAAGAAUCCAGAAAGAAAUGUGAAUUGACAGAGCUGCCCACUGGGAAUAGGGACAAUCAACUGGAAUAUUCUCACCAAAAACAGCAUUUAGUAACUGAUACUGUGUUAGAAUAACUGAUGGUUCCAGUCCAAGGGGACACAGCUAGAUGCCUGCCGGGUAGAAGCAAAUCAAGCCAGAGUUUGAGGGAACUAAAGAGCUCCCGCGGCCGGCAAGCAUCUUUGUGCUUUUGUUUUGAUCUGUUUAAACAGCAUGGUGGCCGAACCGUGCCCACUGGGACUGCUUUAGCUACACAUACUGCUAAGCAGCUCAAAGUCCUCUUUUGUGUGACAAAUGAGCAGGCAAGCACAGUGACCCCAAACGGAUGUUUCUGGAUUUAGAAAGAGAUACUGUUUGAUCUACAUCUGAGAUCUAAAGAUUUGCUACAGUUCUGCAGCGUAUUGAUCUUGCCGUAACUGUUCAGAGUUCUGUGUUGUUGGUUUUCAUGCUCUCCGAGUCCAACGUGCCCUUAGUGUUUCUGAGUGAGAGAAAGUGCUUUGUUUUCCACCCUCUACUGUUGUUUAACUGUUAUAGGCAAAUUCUGUGAUUGGAGGUGGUCAUGGUUGGAGCUCUCUCUGCUCUGGGGCACACUGUCUGGAUUGUCGUGAUCCUGCAGAAGGUUGCACUCUAUCUGGAGACUUACGCGAAACACCACAGGUGGUUGGUGGCACCUUAAUUGGGGAGGACGGGCUCAUGGUAAUGGCUGGAGCGGAAAGAGGGGAAUGGUUUUACAUUCAUCAAACACAUGGUUUUGAUGCCAUUCGCUUCGCUUCGUCGUAGCCGUUAUUAUGCCGUCCUCCCCUUAGCAGCCUCCACUGACGUACACGACAGCCUCUGUCUGCGGAGGAAGCUUGUUAUUGUUCCCCCACGACAAGAGAACGGAGCAGAUAGAACUUGACCUGAGAGGCAGCCACCGAGACGGCUACAGUACUAAACGAAAUGCUUUUGAGAGUCCACUGGAAAGCAAUCUGUCCUUUUUACUGACUGACAAAAAGUAUUUGUCUCCAAAUAUACAGUAUAAUGGUCUAAUGAAAUGUACCUUAACAUGUUGUGCCUGUUAAAUAUAUCAUUUGUAUAUUGAAAAUAAUUGGAAAUUAAUUUAAUUGAUGUGGAGGCACUAUCCAAUGAUAAUUGGUUGGAAGUAUUACAUAUUUACACAUUGCCCUUUCAACUGCAUGGGACUAGAUUCAUGCUGGAUUUUUUUUUUAAACACUUCAACGCCUAACCAAUGAGCUACAGUGAAAUGGAUGCCAUUACUGAAAGAUAUUUCACAAAUGCAUUUCAGGUGAGGUCAAGGAGAAUUGUGAUAAAGAAGAAAUUUGAUGAAAUGUAAUGUUCAAUGUGCAUAUAAAAUGACCCCUUGAUAUUGGAAGGCGUACAAUC